UAUUUUUUUCGAAAAUUACAAGGUAUAUAUUUUAUUGUCUACGAAGAAUAUAUGAGACAGUAGACAGCAUUACUUGUAAUAUCAGGAUGGAAUAUGAGGAUAAUGAUGUCCGCAAUGAAAAAGAAUCUCCUGACAAAAAUAUCAAAAUUAAGAUGGAAACAUCACAAGAUGAAAAUAAUGAUUUGAAGAAAAAAAUGAAAAAUAAAGAUAUCCAUAAAAUUAAACAUAGAACUAAAGAUAUUAGGAAAAGGACAAGAAUGUCACAAAGUGAAGAUAGUGAUUUAACAAAAGAAUCAGAGAAUAAAAAUGCUUAUAAAAUUAUAUAUAGGGAUAAAUAUAUUGAGAAGAGAAAGAAAAUGUCGCAAGAUGAAAAUAGUGAUUCAAUAGAAAAAUCAGAAAAUAAAGAUACCCAUAAAGUUAAAUAUAGAAAUAAAUAUAGAAAUAAACAUAUCAGGAAGAAGAUAAAAAUGUCACAAAAUUCAGAUAGUGAUUCAGAGAAAGAAUUGGACAAUAAAAAUGUCCAUCAAAUUAAAUACAAAGAUAAAGAUAUGUGGAGUAGAAUAAAAAUAUCACAAAAUGGUAGUGAUUCAACAGAAGACUCAGAAAAUGAACAUGUCCAUAAAGUUAAAGGUAAAAAUAAAGAUAUUAGAAGUAAGAUAAACACAUCACAGGAUAAAGGAAAAAGGAUAAAAAUAUCACAGAAUAAGAACGACAACCAGAAAAACAAAUAUGCUGAUGAAGCUGGCUCUAGAGAUAAAGAUAUGGAAGAAGAGUAUUGCGUUGAAGCAACACACUUAGUCCAUAAAGUUAAACACAAGAGCAAAAGUAUCCAGAAUGAGAAAAAUACCUCACAGGAUGAAGAUAGCAAUUCAAUGGAAGAGAAUAAAGAUAUCAGUGAAGUUAAAUACAAAGGUGACAAUAUCCUGAAUAAGAAAAAAGUCUCAUGUGAUGAAGAUAGCGAUUCGACGGAAAAAUCAGAGAAUGAAAAUGCUCGAAUUAAAUGCAAAGAUAAGAAUAUUAGAAGUAAAGUAAAAAUGUCACAAGAUGAUAAUGAUUCAAUGGAAGAAUCAGAAAAUAAAGAUGCUCAUAAAGUUAAAGGUAAAAAUAAAGAUAUUAGGAGUAAGAUAAACACAUCACAGGAUAAAAAUAGCGAUUCGAUGGAUGUUUCGGAGAAUGAAGAUAUUGGAAAGAAGAUAAAAAUAUUACGGAAUAAAGAGAACAACCAAAAGAACAAAUACACUCAGGAAGUUGGCACUAAAGAUGAAGAUGUGGAAGAAAAGUAUUGCGUUGAAGCAAUACACUUGGUCCAUAAAGUUAAACACAAGAGCAAAAGUAUCCAGAAUGAGAAAAAUGCCUCACAGGAUGAAGAUAGCAAUUCAAUGGAAGCAUUAGAGAAUAAAGAUGUCCGUGAAGUUAAAUAUAAAGAUGAAGAUAUCGGAAAUAGGAUGAAGACAUUACAGAAAAAAAAUCACGAUUCGAAGAAAUUUUGGAAAAACAAAUACAUUCGUAAGGUAGAGAAUGAAUCUGAAGAUGAAGGUAUAGAAGAAAAUUGCAGUGAAGCAACAUAUCUAGCGCGGCAAAUGGCAUCAGCAGAGAGACUUUGCCAAAAAGAAAUAUUCAAAUUGUACAAUUUAAAAGUGCAACUAGGGCACACGGUACCACCGCAGCAUAAUAUUGAAACACGAGCUGGGUGUCAUAUGCCGACACGAAAGGAAAUAGAAGAAUUUGAAAAAAUAAUACCGAUCAAGAAAGGCUCAUAUUCUUUUGAAGAGGACAAUAUUAUUGCUAAUAAUUGGAAAACAUUUUGCAAGAUACAUAAUUGGGAUGUAAAUGAAACUAAACCGUUUUUACAAUUAAGAAUUGGUAACAUGACAUACAUGCGUAAUAUUAGAGAGAGACGGAAAUUUGUACAAUUUUUAGCCGAAGGUUUACCAGAGAGAACUUUAUAUAGUGUCUACCAUAGAUUUAGAAAUUUGUAUGAGAAUAACCUGCAACGAAGGUUUAAACCUGAAGAAGAUCAAAUGAUAAUAGAUCAUUUAGAAAAUAAUCCAUCUCUUGACGUAAAACGUAAAUAUGCUGAUUUGGCUAAAGUUCUUCGGAGAACAAGACAUUCGAUUUGGCGACGUUAUCGAAUAUUAAAAAAGAAAAGAGUUAAAAAUGAGGAAGAUAAUUAAUAUAUUAAUAUUCUUAAGGCGUGCCACAUGAAAAUCAUGGGUUUUCUCUGGGUCCAGAUCCAUUCUUGGAAUGCCAACAUUUCGUGAACCUUGCAGUCCACUUUAUCAGGGCGAGGAACAGCCUGAUACUGAGCUGU